GCUGCGUGUCGGCUGUGUGGUUGCAGCACACAGCGAUGGCAGCAGCGCCCGCAGGAGCAACAGCGGCAGAUGCUGCAAGGAAUGCCUAUGCAACAGCUGGACCAAAGGAGGCCGUUUGUGGGGACGUUGGAGGAGCGCGGCUUGUUGAAGGAUAGCACAUCGGACGAAUUGCGAACGCUGUGUGAGAAGGAACAGUUGACGGUGUACUGUGGGUUUGAUCCAACAGCGCGCACGCUGCACAUCGGCAACCUGCUGGCAAUCAUGGGGCUGGUGCACUGCGUAAGGGCCGGCCACAACGUGAUUGCGCUCGUCGGUGGAGCCACUGCUCGCAUCGGCGAUCCAUCUGGGCGGUCCACGGAGCGAACGUGCUUGCCAGAGGCAGAGCUCGACGCCAACAUCGCAGGCAUCACGGAGGUGCUGCACCGCAUCCUCGACAACGCACAGCAAUACGAGGCAUCAACAGAGCCAACAGCACAAAAAAGCGCUUCUGCAACUGCUGCAACUGGUGCUGCGCCAUCUGUCAAGGUGGUGAACAACGCAGAGUGGUACGACGAGUGGCGCGUGAUUGACUUUAUUGCGGACAUUGGGCGCCACUUCCGCGUCAACAGCAUGCUCGCCAAGGACAGCGUCAAGUCGCGCAUGGAGCAUGAUGAAGGCAUUUCAUUCACGGAGUUUACGUAUCAGGUUCUGCAAGGCCACGACUUUCUGCAGCUCUUCAAAGCACACAACUGCCGCGUGCAGCUGGGCGGCAGUGAUCAGUGGGGAAAUAUUACCGCUGGAAUCGACCUGGUACGACGUGUCACGGGCAAGAGUGUCUAUGGCGUGACCAUGCCACUGUUGACCACAAGCACCGGCGAGAAGUUUGGCAAAUCUGCCGGGAAUGCGGUGUGGCUCGACGCACAGCUGACAUCGCCUUAUGAGCUCUAUCAGUUCUUUAUCAACAUGGCUGAUGCUGAUGUAGAGCGGUACCUCGCUGCCCUCACCCUCUUGCCCGUCAGCACCAUCAAGCAGGUGAUGGAGCAACACAUACAGCAGCCACACGAACGGCUCGCGCAGCACAAGCUUGCAUCGGAGGUGGUGCGGCUUGUUCAUGGGGCGGCGGCGGUGGACGAGGCGAAGACAGCAACUGAUGCUCUGUUUGCACACGGCUCCCUCGACAACGUCUCUGCAGCUACCCUCAAGGCGAUGUUUGCGACUGCGCCGUCCGCUACUCUUGACCGCGCCCUCAUCACCGCUGGCACCACGUCCAUCCUCAGUGCGGCUGUACAAGCGGGCUUGUUUUCGUCCAAAGGCGAAGCGAAGCGCACGCUGAAGGCCGGUGGCCUCUACGUCAACAACAACAGGGUGGAGCGGGAUGCGCCGCUGACGAGCGAACACGUGCUGGCAGACGCGUUGACGGUGCUGCGGAAGGGAAGAAAGCACUAUCUCAUUAUCCACUGGAGCACCUGAGCCAUGCCAAACGCUUUCAUCAGAACCCUACUAGCAUCGGAGCCAUUAAACUCUGUCAAUCAGAGCACACACACACACACACACACACACACACACACACA